GCGCACCACUGAAACUGCUCAGUCCUCUGAUAUAAUAGUGCAACCACAGACAGAUGUGUAUUCUAUGUUUGUGCAAUAUUUUGAUAAGAUUUUCCUCUCAGGCAAGACCUUUACAGUGAACCUAUAUCAGUUGUUCAUGCACAUUUGGGCCGGCAUUUGUGUUAUUGUUUGUUGGUUUACAUAAUGAAAUGCUGCAUAUCAAAUUAUUAUGUCAAAGCAAGUGCUUCUUGAAUAAUUUCUUAUUAAAAUAAAAGCGUAAAUAAUGAUUGCAUUUUGCCAAUGCAAAUUUGAGCCAAACAAUGAAUGAAAUAAACAAAUCAGAUUUAACCCUGUUGCUACCAGGGGCACACGCUGGAUCAUUGUAAGUAACACCCUGACCUUUCAAGUGUGGCUUGGUUUUUUGACUGACUGUUAAGUCUUUAAUUUAUAUGAUUCUUCGUGUGGUGUCUAUACCAAGGUCUUUCAGAAAAGUACCUUGAGUCAUUCUGAAAGCACCUUGUGUUGUGCUCGUGGCUCAUUCUCAUGUUUAACCAAAUACCCUGUGUCUUAAUGUUAGAAAUAGAGAUGAUCACACACCUUAACAGUACUGUUUUCUGAUGUUUGAUUUAAUUUUAUUGUUUGUGAGUGUUGUGUGGUUUCUGUGAAUGUUAGUUGUGAAGUAUUGGGUCACCACAUCCUAAAUGUCCUAACGUUAAAUAUUUAAACAUGUACGAGUUCUUUUGUCUUUGGGAUCUCAAAGGUAACGUAACACUAUGGGAUCCCUUAAUUGCCUCACUAUUUACACAAUGACUUUCACUCUCAUUAUUCCCACCUCUUGUAUGUCUGUAUAUCUGUCUCAGACUGAUGCUGCUACCAGUUUCCUACGUGCUGCCCGCUCAGGUAACCUGGAAAAGGCUCUUGACCACAUCAAGAAUGGUAUCGAUAUCAACACAGCCAAUCAGAAUGGACUCAAUGGCUUACAUUUGGCCUCAAAAGAAGGCCAUGUUAAAAUGGUGCUGGAACUACUGCACAAUGGCAUUGUACUGGAAACCACAACAAAGAAAGGAAACACUGCCCUCCACAUUGCUGCAUUGGCUGGACAAGAGCAAGUGGUCGCGGAGCUGGUUAACUAUGGAGCGAACGUCAACGCCCAGUCCCAGAAGGGCUUCACUCCACUCUACAUGGCAGCACAAGAGAAUCAUCUAGAGGUCGUGAAGUUCCUUUUGGACAAUGGAGCCAAUCAGAGCAUUCCAACUGAGGAUGGCUUUACGCCAUUAGCUGUGGCUCUUCAGCAGGGUCAUGAGAAUGUAGUGGCCCUGCUUAUCAAUCAUGGUACCAAAGGAAAAGUUCGCCUCCCUGCGCUGCACAUAGCAGCACGCAACGAUGACACCCGCACUGCCGCUGUGCUUUUGCAGAACGACCCCAAUCCUGAUGUUCUAAGCAAGACAGGCUUCACCCCACUCCAUAUUGCAGCACACUAUGAGAAUGUGAAUAUUGCCCAGCUGCUGAUAAACAGAGGAGCCAAUGUGAACUUCACUCCCAAGAAUGGGAUUACACCUCUGCACAUUGCAUCCAGGAGAGGGAACGUGGUCAUGGUCAGGCUUCUGUUGGAUCGUGGCGCUACAAUAGAUGCCAAGACUAAAGACGAGCUGACUCCGCUUCACUGUGCUGCCAGAAAUGGUCAUGUUAGGAUAAUUGAGAUUCUGCUGGACCAAGGAGCCCCCAUUCAAGCCAAGACCAAAAAUGGUCUCUCCCCAAUCCACAUGGCGGCUCAAGGGGACCACAUGGACUGUGUGCGACAACUCUUGCAGUAUAAUGCUGAGAUCGAUGAUAUAACACUAGAUCACUUGACACCGCUACACGUGGCAGCACACUGUGGGCACCACCGCAUGGCCAAAGUGCUGCUGGACAAAGGAGCCAAGCCAAACACCCGUGCAUUGAAUGGCUUCACGCCUCUCCACAUAGCCUGUAAGAAGAAUCACAUUCGUGUAAUGGACCUACUCUUAAAACACUCGGCGUCCUUGGAAGCUGUGACAGAGUCCGGGCUAACCCCACUUCAUGUGGCCUCCUUCAUGGGUCAUCUAAACAUAGUGAAGAUCCUGCUGCAAAAAGGAGCCUCUCCAAAUGCGUCAAAUGUGAAAGUGGAAACGCCCCUGCACAUGGCAUCCCGAGCAGGUCACUGUGAAGUUGCAGAGUUUCUGCUGCAAAAUGCAGCUCCAGUGGAUGCCAAAGCCAAGGAUGAUCAGACUCCACUUCACUGUGCUGCUCGCAUGGGCCACAAGGAACUAGUAAAGCUCCUGCUGGAACAUAAAACUAAUCCAAAUUCAACCACCAUGGCUGGACACACUCCACUACACAUUGCUGCCAGGGAGGGGCACACACAGACUGUCCGGAUUCUCCUUGACAUGAAUGCCCAGCAGACCAAGAUGACCAAAAAAGGUUUUACUCCUCUCCACAUGGCAGCAAAAUAUGGAAAGGUGGAUGUAGCAGAGUUGCUUCUUGAGAGAGGAGCAAACCCCAAUGCUGCAGGCAAGAAUGGACUCACACCAUUGCAUGUAGCUGUCCAUCACAACAACCUGGACUUGGUAAACUUACUGGUUAGCAAGGGAGGAUCUCCACACAGUGCAGCGAGAAAUGGCUACACUCCUCUCCACAUCGCCUCCAAGCAGAACCAGUUGGAAGUGGCCAAUAGUCUGCUGCAGCAUGGAGCCUCCGCCAAUGCUGAAUCCUUACAGGGCAUUACACCACUGCACUUGGCUUCCCAGGAGGGUCAAGCGGACAUGGUUUCACUGCUCAUUUCCAAGCAGGCCAAUGUCAACCUGGGCAACAAGAGUGGCCUGACCCCACUUCAUCUUGUUGCCCAGGAGGGUCAUGUGGGCAUUGCAGACAUCCUGGUGAAACAGGGGGCAUCAGUAUAUGCUGCCACACGGAUGGGCUACACUCCACUUCAUGUGGCUUGUCAUAAUGGCAACAUUAAAAUGGUUAAGUUCCUUCUGCAGCAGCAGGCAAAUGUCAACAGCAAGACAAGGGCAGGAUAUACGCCACUUCAUCAAGCUGCUCAACAGGGUCACACUGAUAUUGUGACCUUGCUUCUGAAACAUGGUGCACAGCCAAAUGAAAUUACCACUAAUGGCACUUCUGCACUGGCCAUUGCAAAACGUCUCGGCUAUAUUUCUGUCAUUGAUGUCCUUAAACUGAUUACUGAAGAAACAGUGACCAUGUCGACCACGGAAAAGCAUCGAAUGAGUUUUCCUGAGACAGUUGAUGAAAUCCUGGAUGUGUCUGAGGAUGAAGGAGUUGCACAGCUAACGCUAGGCGAGGAGCUACUGGGAACAGAGUUAGCCAGGUAUUUGAAGAUGGACGGCAUGAGGGACCAUGAUGACGAUUUCCUUUCCUACAAGGCAGUCACUGAAAACUACUCACCUGCUGUUCCAAGGAUCCCCUGUGUUUCUCCUGAAACUGUUCUGCAUGAAAUGGACCAGCAUCACACUCCUAUCCCAAUGCCCAAAGAGUACGAUGAUGACUCUCUGAUUCCUAGCAGUCCAGCAACUGAGACCUCAGAUAAUGUCAGUCCAGUGGCCAGCCCUAUCCACACUGGCUUCUUGGUUAGCUUCAUGGUGGAUGCACGAGGAGGUUCAAUGAGAGGAAGCAGACACAAUGGUCUGCGUGUUAUCAUACCACCACGAACAUGUGCAGCCCCAACACGUAUCACCUGCCGCCUGGUGAAGCCACAGAAGCUUUCCACUCCACCUCCUCUGGUGGAGGGUGAGGGUUUAGCUAGCCGAAUCAUCUCACUAGGUCCAGCUAGCAUGCAGUUUCUGGGACCUGUGAUUGUAGAGAUCCCUCAUUUUGCAGCACUUGGUCGGGGAGACAGGGAACUGGUGGUCUUAAGGAGUGAAAAUGGCUCUGUCUGGAAGGAGCAUCGGAAUCGUUACGGUGACGAAGUGUUGGAGACUAUUCUCAAUGGCAUGGAUGAAGAAUUAGAAAGCCAGGAGGAGCUUGGGAAGAAGCGUAUCAGGCGCAUCAUCUCCACUGAUUUCCCGCUCUACUUUGCUGUGGUUUCCCGCAUUCAACAAGAGAGUGACUUGAUUGGCCCUGAGGGAGGGCGUUUGACCAGCAAAAUUCUGCCACUGGUUCAGGCCAGUUUCCCUGAGACAUCUGUCACCAAGCGUGUUCGCCUUGGACUGCAGGCCCAGCCGGUCCCUGAUGAACUAGUGGCCAAGCUGCUGGGGAACCAGGCCACCUUCAGCCCUGUGGUGACAGUGGAGCCGAGGCGCCGUAAGUUCCAUCGGCCCAUUGGCCUGCGCAUCCCACUGCCUCCAUCCUGGAAGGAGAGUCCACGGGAUUCUGGCGAGGGGGAUACUACCAGUCUUCGUCUGCUCUGCAGUGUCAUUGGUGGCACUGACCCAGCACAGUGGGAGGAUAUCACUGGCACAACCAAGCUAAUAUAUGCUAAUGAAUGUGCCAAUUUCACCACCAAUGUCUCUGCACGUUUUUGGCUAGCAGACUGUCCACGGACUGCAGAAGCAGUUACCUUUGCAAACCUGCUGUACCGUGAGCUGUCAGCAGUGCCAUACAUGGCGAAAUUUGUGGUGUUCGCGAAGAUGAAUGAAGCUCGCGAAGGUCGAUUGCGCUGCUACUGCAUGACUGAUGACAAGAUGGACAAGACCCUAGAGCAGCAUGAGAACUUCACUGAAGUGGCCCGCAGCAGAGACAUAGAGGUAAUGGAGGGCAUGCCAUUACACUUGGAGUGCUCAGGGAACUUGAUUCCCAUAAGGAAAGCUACUCAACAGCCUCGUUGUUUCAGCUUCCAAGCUUUUAGAGACAACAGACUUCCGGUCUCUGUGAAGAUAAGAGACAGUAGUAAGGAACCCUCUGGCUUUUUGUCCUUCCUACGCAAGUCUACCAAGUAUGAGGACAGUCAGCAAGUACUCUGUAACCUCAAUAUUACCAUGCCGCCAUGUAUAAAGAUUGGAGGGGGUGAGGACAGAAGGAGGACACUUACCCCUUUGGCUCUUAGAGAGAAAUAUAGUGCUCUCAAUGAGCCAACUAUAGCAUCAAUGAGCUCCAUCGAAAGGACAGAGUUAAAGAUGGCAUUAAUAGCUGAGCAGCUGGGACUGAGCUGGGCUGAGUUGGCCCGAGAGCUCCAAUUUAAUGUGGAUGAAAUUAAUAGGAUUCGUGUGGAGAACCCCAAUUCACUCUUGGAACAGAGUUCCACACUGCUCAAUUUGUGGAUUAGCCGUGAAGGCAAGAGGGCCAAAAUGGAGAGCCUGUUCAUGGCACUAAAGAGCAUUGACCGAAUGGACAUUGUAAACAUGCUGGAAGGUCAACAGUGUAACCAGGAACAAGAAAGGCGCAGACACAACGACCGAGACCACCUUUCUCUUGGCAUAUCAAAUGGUUAUGGACUGGUGGUUCAGGACGUGUUGGUCUCACCAGCCUCAUUGCAGCACAGCCUGGCCUCACCAACGGGGCUCGAGCCCUACUGGCAGGAAGUGUCUAGCAUGGAGGGUGCUCCCAUAGCCACCACUGAAGAAGAUACACUCAUGGAGAUGUCCGAGGUGCAGGUGUGGCCAUCAGGCAAAAGCCCAUGUCUGGUGGCCGUGGAGGACUCCUCACUUGAGUGUAGCAACGCUGAAGACUCAGAGGGUCUGUCCUAUGGGAGUAUGGGCAGACCAGGCAGUGCCACACCAUGUACAGGGCGUGGUCCCAUUGGGCUAAGUGGGUCCAUUGAGCUGCUGGAGGACCAGUCGAUUGGGGCAGACUCAGAACCCAGUGCCACCUCUCCUGGAACAGGGGUCAACAUCAAUGGGCUGGAUGGAGGUCGAGGGUUGGAGUCGGAUGAGAAGGCAGUGGAGGUUGCGGUCGGUGCAGGCAGCAAAGUUUCAGAAGGAGACACUGGAGGUUUGGGAGUAAAAGAUGACACAGGCUUAGUGGAAGGCUUGUCUGUCAUUGCAGGACAGCAGAGGGUUUACGCUCGAAUGUGUGAGUCUCCUGGGCUUAGCCGAUUGGCUGAUCGCAACGGUGACAGAUCAAGUGGUGGUUCUUUCCUGUCCUACCUCCAAGAGCAGACUGGCCCUGGAUGGCAUCCCAUCCCAGAUCCCACACAGAACUGGGCAGGAACCUCACAACCAGCCAAUUUCAGACAAACCAAGGAGUCAAUGAUGUCAUCAGUAAGGGCAACAGUGGAUGGAGAUUUGAGCCAGUCACACUUGUCCCAGGAAGCUUUACUCCAACCAGUGCGAGACAUGGGGCACUCUGAGAUCCUGCGUGGGCAUUUUUGGGGAACCCAACCAUUUGAGAAGGGCCUAGGCUUCCCACACAGAGUUCCUGAUCUGCGAGGAUGGGAAGAUAUGCGCCUCCGAGGACAAGGUGAUGAAGCUGUGGAUCUUCCUGGAGAGCAAGUGAGUGAGGAGCAGUUUACAGAUGAGCAUGGCAACAUCGUCACCAAAAAGGUCGUGAGGAAGGUGGUUCGGAGAGGAAAAGGUGAGGGUGAGGGUCAGGAGUUCAUUAUAGAUGGGCAGCAGGAAGAUGAUGAGUUGGAUGCUGAUGCAGAGCAGUUCAUGGGCUACGCCAUCCUUGGCCGGGAAAGCAAGCCGGAUGUUGUGGAUGUGAAGAAGGGAGGGGCUCAGAUAGUGAAAUGUGCCACUUUGCGGAGAGUAAAGCAGUGAGCGGCGCUUGUUCGGCCGUCCAGGACUUGUCUCCCACACCCAAACCUUCUCUCAUAGACACAUGAUGAGCAUCAAGAACUGCAAGAACGUGGAAAACCAAGCAAAGGACAUCAUUGCCAAUAGAUGGCUUUUAGGCUUCUUUUUAAAGCAAAUCUACAAUGAGAACUAGGCUAAAAGCAUGAUUUCAUAUAAAAAUGAAAAUGAAACCUAGAAGAAGAAAAAAAAAAAAAAAAAAGCAUCCAAAAAGUGCUUCCUGUAAUCCCUGUAUCAGCAUGCGAGAGUGCUGUCGCAUGGCCUGCCUUUAUGUGCACCACAGAAAGCAAUGGAUUUUGGGGCUCCUGGUGUUAUAAGGGGCAUGAAAUGCAGGAAGAGUUUGUUGAUAUGGGGUACACUGAACCCAAAGCUCAGCCCUGAAUACUGUAUUUCAGAACACUUGUGGUUAAUAACAUAUAUGCAAAAGCCAACACACAUGUGUAGUCACAUGACACAACCGUUUCCCUCCAACUCUCACAGAUUUUCAGUCUUCCGAUACAGUGCGUUAUUCAUAAAAGUUCGAUCUACAGAUAUGAUCUCACAACACAAUGGUUUUUUAUUUCAGUACUGGUUUUGUGCAUAAUGCGGUAUAUGCACUGAAAUCUUGUGUAUGUGUGUUCUCUCUGUGAUUAACGUAACAGCCCAAAAGAGGAACAGAAAAAAAAUCGCCAAUGUAUGCAAACAUAUGCUGCUACUGAUAUCAUUAUUUGAUCAUGCUUUAUUUUGCCAGAUACAUCACAUUUAUAAUAUCAGUGUCAAAGCGUCAAUGUUACACCAAGAUGAUUUAUAUUUUCCUGGUUUCUUUUCUCUGAUUCUUUUUUUCCAUUGCUGUCUCUCCACUCAUGGAGAACAGUGGAGCUUUUGGCCUUCGAUAAAUUUUUAUUUUUGGUAUUAACAGAUUAUUGCUUUUUUAUACCUGUCAUCUUUGGGGGGAUUUAUGACUUAAGACUUACUGAGGCACUAUAAAAUGCUCAUGGCAUAGUGAAUAUGACUGAAUGCCAGCCGUUAACCGUUGAGUGCACACACACACAAAUACACACACACACACACCUGCCUGACUUUUACACUUGUGUUAAGUGCAAAUGUAGCAACCAAGUCUUCCAUUUCAAAUGAUAUCACUAGCUCAGGAUUCGUUUUGCUGUAAGAUGCUGUGGCCUGUUUAUGAGGGAAAUGCCUUCUCCAGGAGGCUGGAGUUUAUUUCCCUUCCUUAUUCAUCUUUCAUAAUUUAUUAUUUAAUGUGGCAUACAAACAUUUUGAUCCCUCUUUAGAGCUUCUAUCACUUUAAAUCUAAAUCCUCUUGUUAUAUAUGAAUACUAGGAGCUAGGAAUUAUAGUGACGAGAGAGCCGUGCACACACAGUCUAGUCUGGACACAAGAUCCCGCAUAAAUGCUACAAUAACCAUCAAUAUGAAGCAAUAGAUAUGAAUUUUUAGGUGUACUUUUUAUAUCCAUCUUUUAACGGUUUGUCUUCAGUAAUUCCUACUACUUGUGCAUGAAUGAACGUUAUGUCAGUAAAAUGGAAGAAGAGGAGUGAAAUUUCCUGAAAUUCCCAGGCUGGGGUGAAAUUUUGCUUUUAUUCUGACGCUAACUGAACCUUAUUCUGCAGCAUUCUGGUGUCUUCUGGUGUUUCUGUAUGCGUGGGACAUGUGGCGAAAAUCGGAAUUGGAACAAAAUUCCAAAAGUGUUUCGCCAAAAUGGAAACUAGAGAAAGACAAUUGACAAUAAUAACCCGUUUGCUCGCACGUGCAAAGCAAUAGACACCUGACAAAGGUUUCUCUUCUGUAAAGUGGUUUCUAGCUUUGUACUAUGGUUUUUGUUUUGCCACAUAGUUUAACCAGCCAUUAUUCAGGACAGCGAGUUUCAAGGAUGAUGUAUGAACAGAAUAUAUUAGAUUUUGUGUAGUCGUGUUCAGAGCCCAACAAAGACACUUUGAAACACUGUGAUUAGACUGUAGCACUGUCCAAGCAACUUUCCCAAGUACACAUAAACACAUGUUCCUGUUCACUGGUUCAUUUAAUACUGAAAAUUUUGACUGUAUGUUUCAAACCUAGAAUAGAUCUUAAGGUUACUUGUUUAAAGAAGAUGCACCUAAACCCAAAAAGACCUUUUUUGCUAACUGCUUCUCAAUGUUGUAGGCUGAACCUAUAUGGUGCAUUCAUGAAUGUCUAGCUAUAGUCUUUCAACUUUUUUAUUAUGUCAUAAUGGUAUUGUUUACUCAGCCCUUGUGAAAAAGACAAGAUAUAGCUACACAUUUGCCGUGUCAUUGCAAAUUCACUGAAUUCAAUCAAUUUCAAUAAUAAUGCCAUGACCUUACAAGCCAUUAUUUAACCAUUUCCAAGCCCCCGAUACAGAUCCAAUUUAGAUCCCAGUCCCAGUUUUCAAAGUUUCUCAACCACCUGUAUUUUUGUGUUAAUUCCAGUCAUCAGCCAGAUAACACAAAUGAGUUAAGUCAAAGACAAUGUAUUCUUUUAAUUAAUAUGGAGUAUAUGGAUUAUAAAUACAGAUCAAUCUUUGCUAGCAAAGAUUCUUACAAUGGGUCAAGUUCAUAAAAUGAAGUGUGUCUAAGAUCAUCACAACUCAUUAGAGAUAAUAAAAUAGUGUCAGAGAGAAAUGUAGUAUAAACAUAUCAUGGUGUGAAUCUGAAAUGAGCAAACUCUCAGAAUAUUAUGCAAAUAAUCCACUAUCAUGUGGUAACGUAGCAUCACCCGGGAACAGAAAUGAUGAUGUCAGAGAUAUUUUGACCAAUGCUCGUUUUUUUAGCAUCAUUCCUUAAAACACAAAGCUUAAUUUGCAUAUUAAAACAUUUUUAGUUAUCUUAGUUGAAUGACAUUUAAAGACUGUGAGCUUAUGUGCUUGUGUCAUUGUGUAUCCGGUGGAAUUCAUAGCAUUUUAGCUGUAAUGUAAUUCCAAAAUAGUUUUGGGAUUAGAAACACAUUAUAGAAAACAGAUAUGAUAUCAAGAUCAGUCAAAUCAAGAUGCAGUCAAAUGUUAUUCAAACCAAAAUGCGCCAAAGUUUACGGUUAAAUAUUUUAAAAUACACAGAAGUGUAUGGUUCCUAUAAAACUUACCACUAACAGCUAUGCCAAAAACUAUUGUUGAAUAAUAUAUAUAAUGAUUUUGCUUUUUUUUUUUUAAACAUUAUUUUACAUUAGACAACCCAAGACAUUACCACACAAAAAAUGUAAAAACGUUGCAGAAGUGUGAUUAAUUAAAACAGUUGUAAAAUGCAGAGAAAUCUAUAUAUGAACUUAUAGAAACAUAAUAUCUGUAAGUCUACCUUUACAAUUUCCACAAAGUUUUCAAAGUAUUUUAGUGAAUUCAUUUGCAAAUGGUUAAUUGAUUGUUGUCAUUGUUAUAUUUUAUUUUUGAAAUGUUUUAUUUUAUUAUUAUCUUAUUUUCAUUAUAUAAGUUGAAUUGAUGUCUCAGAUGAAAAGGCCAUGAACCAGCAAUGUGCAAAAAUAUGAGCCACUGUUGAGAUUACUCAGUCAUUUUGUAAUGUGGUAAUGUGGUAUUUAUUCUCAUUGUCUCGGCACGUGGGCCUCCACAGAGAGUGAGAUUCGGUUUGAAUGCCAUUUUGGUAGCAGUGUUUAGUAGUAUUGAUUAGGAGCUAAAGAACUAUACAUCACCAGAAGCAGCUCUAAAUGGUGCUUGCUUUUGAUGGAUUUUCAGACGUUAGUGAAACACUGACCUGGGGUUUGAAACUAGUUGAUGUGGCAGUGUACGAUUUGAAAUAUCUAAUCCUUGUGUUCAGUAGCUUUCUCCUUAAAUUCAUUUCUCUGUAUUUUUUAUUUUAAAAAAAGAAAGGAAAACAAAAAACAGUCGCAUGUGAAAAGUAAGACUGUUAAGAAAGUCUAUUAUAGUGUAAGAGAGGGGGGAUUCCAAACAAACUACACAGUUGGUUGAUGUCAUUGCAGUGAUCAAAUCGAUGAAAUACAAAUAAUGUAAACUGUUGCAAAAACUAGAAACACUUAUACUCGUAACUUCUAGAGAACGGAUUAAAAUUAGUCACUCAGUAGCAUAUUAACCUCGAAAGGAAUGCGAACUGCACACAUGCACAGAACAUGUUUUUGAUAUAUACAAAGAAAUAUAUAUAUAUAUAAAAAUAUAUAUCCAUAUUUAUUUAAUUAGAAUGCUUUGCAAUUGCUAAUGGGGAUUUAUAACCUACUAUUGGGGAUUACAGAUCUAUUAUGGAUGCACUUGUAGCAACUGAGACUUCAGACGUAUGCCUGCAACCUGGGAAAUAAAGAGGCCUUGUGGGUCUUUUGAUUUGUUUUAUCUUAUUUUUAUUGCUGUUGAAAUGGAAAACAAUUAAAUGGUACCUAUACACAGGUCUAUGGUUUAGAACCGAUGGGACCUGAGAUAUACUGUAUGUAUAGAUGACACACCCUGUACACCAGCUGAAAAAAAAUAUUUACAGGAUUAAUAAAGAAAUGAUUACUCACAA